UAGUUGACUGGGCUUGCUGGAGCACCUUAUGGUACAACCCAGCGCUGCACUUCUGCCGUUUCUACGAAAAGACAAACAAAGCCGGAGGUUUUACCUAAAUAUAUCGCAUCUCUCGCCCAAUUUUCAAUAGUCUCUCCCGCUGUGUGUACGCAUCACUGGCAUUGUCUGCCUAGACGCUGGAGCAGGCGCACGCUGGUCGCACCAGUGGGGAUAGGUGGAAAUCGCUGAAGCGACACCACUCUGACUUUGUGAGUGGUAGUCUACAUCAUCGGAGUAUAAAGGAAUAUAACGUCAGCCCUGAACUGGAUUUUUAAAGCGGAAUAACAAUAAUGUGCAACCCGUGCUGUCUUUCUCAGCUGGCCUGCUGCUGCGGCUCGGCAGCGUGCUCGCUAUGCUGUGGCUGCUGCCCCAAGAUCAAGCAGUCGACCGGCACGCGCUUCAUGUACGCGCUCUACUUCAUGUUUGUCACCGUCAUCUGCGUGGUGAUGAUGUCGCCCACCGUGGAGCAGCAGAUGCAGGAACACAUCCCGUUCUACAAGGACAUGUGUGAGACGCUGAAUGACGGUGAGAUCUGCAAGAGCCUGGUGGGCUACUCGGCCGUCUACAAGGUAUGCUUCGGCAUGGCCUGCUUCUUCUUCUUCUUCUGCAUCUUCAACAUACGCGUGCAGACCAGCGCAGGAUGCAGAGCGGCCGUUCACAACGGGUUUUGGUUCUUCAAGUUUAUUGCUCUGAUCGCCUGCUGUGCGGGAGGCUUUUUUAUUCCCAACGAGAAGACCUUUCUGGAAGUGUGGCGCUAUGUGGGGGCCGUUGGAGGCGUCCUCUUCCUCCUCAUCCAGCUCAUGCUCCUGGUAGAGUUCGCCCAUCGCUGGAACCAGAACUGGACGUCUGGUGUGAAGUACAACAAGCUGUGGUACGCUGCGUUGGCGUUUGUGACGCUGCUGCUGUUCACCAUAGCGCUGGCGGCGCUGGUCUUCAUGGGCUACUACUACACGCACCCGGAGAAGUGCUUCCUCAACAAGAUCUUCCUCAUCGUCAACGGCAGCCUCUGCCUCGUCAUCUCCCUGCUGGCCAUCUCGCCCUGCAUACAGACAUUCCAGCCCAUGUCUGGUCUGCUGCAGCCUGGAGUCAUCAGUCUGUAUGUCAUGUACCUGACCUUCUCAGCCUUCUCCAGCAAGCCCAUUGAAUAUGUGACGGAUGAGCACAACGUGACGAGCAAAGUGUGUGUGUUCCCCUUCACCUCUGGUAACGACAAGAGGAUCGCCACAGGAGUGGGCACCGCCAUCCUCUUCUGCUGCAUACUCUACUCAUGUUUGACCUCCACCACUAGGAGGAGUGCCACAGCGUUGCGAACUCGGUACGGGAACUCGGUGCAGGAGAGUGAGAGAGCCCGCUGUUGUUUCUGCUGUGGAGAUGACACAGAUGAUUUUGAUGAGGAGGAGCAGAAGACGGGAGGAGGUCAGGACGUGAUGUAUGAUGAGCGCGAGGGCACCAUCUACAGCUACUCCUACUUCCACUUUGUCUUCUUCCUCGGCUCCCUGUACGUCAUGAUGACCGUCACCAACUGGUUCCAUUAUGACGAGGCCCAGAUUGAGAAGCUCCUGGACGGCAGCUGGUCUGUCUUCUGGAUCAAGAUCUCCUCCUGCUGGAUAUGCCUGCUGCUCUACAUGUGCACCCUCAUCGCGCCCAUGCUCUGCCCGCGCAGGUUCGAGGCCUAGACGCCCGCCGGGCGCCCUCACAGUGCCCACGCUUUUUCCCACGCAGGUUAAAGGCCUAGACACCACUGGGAGGUGCCCACAUGGGCGGUAUCAUGGCACCCAUGUCCUGCCUGCCUGCCUGCCUGCCUGCCUGCCUGCGCAGGUUCGAGGCUUAGACCACACAGACAGAGGCCUACCUACCACCACUACCACUACCAACCCCACUGUCCUCUUAAACUGACGCUAAUACUGCAUGCAUACACAGUACACACACCACACAUACAUACUGCACAUGUAUACACACACACACACACACACACACACACACACACACACACACACACACACACACACACACACACACACACACACACACACACACACACACACACACACACACACACACCACCUCAGUAGUUUUUGGUUUUAUUAUUAUUAUUAUUGAUGUUGGGGUCAAUUUGUUUUCAUAUUGUGUUUACAACACAAGUGAUUUCUGUUACAAUUGUUUUAAUUUUAGUUUUUUAUUAUUAUUAUUGUCUGUGGAUUGAUGCCUUACAACUUCUUUGUGAGUUGUUUUUCAUGUUUUAUUAUGAAGUGUGGAGUUAUGUUACUAUUGAAUUUGUCAUGAUAGACACCAUGGCAAGUUGUCAACCAGAAGUGUGUUUUUUAAUUAAGAUGAACAUUCUCAGACUCAUAUCCCAACAGACGUUUUGCUCAGGCUCUUUAGUACACACGUAAACGUACCAGUUAGUGUCUUUGCUUGUCAUUUUCUGAUAGAUGAAGUACUCUAUGCAAUUUAACAGGCUUUUGUUACGUUUUUUUCCUUGUUUUUUUUUUUCUUUUACAUUCGUUGGCUUCGAUGUCAGCUCAAACUGCUCCUUCAUUUCAUUGUUCUCGAAACAAUUUUUUGUUGUUGUUUGUUUUCUUCUAUGAUGCUAUGUGGAACACUAAGAACAAAAGGCUUUGUGAUUUUUAUUUUCCAAAAAAAAACAUGCCACACAUUGACCUAAGAUCUAUGUAAAUAUAAAUCAUGUAUAUCAACGGGCCAAUUUCUUUUUUUGUCAUAAAUAUAUGAAUAUUAAUAUUAGCGGAACAGAAAAAAAAGAAAUCUGCAUUUUUGACCAUAUUGUUCUUGGUCCAGGGAACAGUUUAGCAGUGUGGGAAGACUUAAUCCCAGGAUAUGAGGUCUUUGGGAGCUUACUUUGAAAGAAAAUCAUAGUUGGCAUUUACAUAAGGGACAUAGACCAAGGUUCAGGAGGUUCGAAACAAUACAGCUGUUACAGUCCAAAUAUGUUGCUUUCAUUAUUGAAGAUCUUUUCUAUAGAACUGAGCCAGCACUGAUUCGUACCAUCAUCUUGACAUUCAUGUGUUGGCUUCUCAGCUGUGCGGCCAAAUACUCAGCUUAGAGUAGCAUUGUAGUACAUAUAAGGGUAACACUUCAUAAUAACGAAAUAUCUACACAAAGCUAAUUAAGUAAUCAUAAAAAAAACAUUUGAAAAUGUUUGUACAUGAGUAAGGAAUACUAUAUUGAUAACGUGAAUAUCUACACAAAGUGGAGUGAGAAUGGUUACUUGCUGGAUGAGUUUGAUGCGAGUUUGCAUUGUCUUUCAGGACUGCUUUGGCUGUGCUGCGGCAGCUGUGUUACCAUGGUUUCCCUCACUUAUUUACAAACACAUGGACAUGUUUUGUUUGAAAUUAGUUCACUUUUUACUAAUUAUUAGUCAAGGUUUAAAAUGUCAGCUACAGUUAUUAUGAAGUGUUACCCAUUGAAGAUGUCAGUAGCUCUUUCAGUACAGAAGAACAGGAAGACGGUGCCAAAGCUAGAACCUAAAGAUUCAACUGUGUGCUGCAGAAGCUAAUGCAGAGCAUUGCCAAAUGCAGAGCAGUCAAGCAAAUUUACUAAUAACGUCACCAUGUCUCUCAAGCUGGCUUUGAGUAGGUACAGACAACAUCCUCCAGGAGUUAAAAGCUACUUGUGUGUUGUUUUGUUGUUGUUGUUGUUUUUUUAAAUUAACAAUCAGUUUUACAAUACAAUCAGAAGUGCUACUUACAGUACCAGUGCAUGUCUUAGUGUGUCUUUCUGGUUUAUCUUUAAUUACUAAUUGCAUACAAAGCUGAGGUUUUGAUUAACUUUAUGGUGUAACAAACAAGAAUUUUCACUUUUUCAGUUUUGUAAUUCUAUCAAAUUAUAAUAGAAGCUGACGUUUAAAUCACACUUUAGAACAGAUAAGUGGGCUGUUGUAACGGUGUAAUAAGUGACCUGUUGUUGCAGUGUAUGUUCAUACUAACCUUUACAAAAUUUACAAUCUUUGUGUAGUCUGGGCUAAAACUACUAGUUGUGAUUUUACAUUCUACAGCCUUUGUUGUUAAUAUGUAGAUAAUAACUGCACUUUUUUCUAUCUUUCAUACUGGCAUUUUAUAGUUAGAAACGAGCCGUAUUUAUAAUGUGUAGUGUGCAGCUGUUAUUGAGGCAUAUGUAGCAUGUUUUCUACAAACUAACAUUACUGCUUGGUAUAGUUACACAGAGUACAUCAUUUGUCACAAUACCACCUCACCGAAACUGGAAGUGUAUUAUCACAUGAAGGGGUUUAUCCUGUGGUUUUUAUGUCUGUUUACUUAAAUUAACUAAUUGGUCAUUGAGCGAAGUGCCAGGUUGUGUACAAUAAAGAGUUAAUGUUUUUGCAUUUACAAUAAAUGGAAGUUGUAUUAUUAAAGGUCUCGCAACGAUGUGCAAUUUGUAGGUUUUUGAUGGUUGCCUGUAUGAAGCUAAUAAGAAUAUGUGUCAGUUUGGUCCCUUUAAUAGCGAGCGUGAUUCAUUUUGGGAGGGGUUGUAAACGUAGUUGUUUGCUGGUUGCCUAGGAACAGGAGACAAUAUUUAAGGAUUUGUGUGGAAAACUGUGAAAAUCAAACUAAUUACCCUGACGUGAUCUCAUUUCUGUCAUUGAGUGCCAGUGAUUGACAUUUACAGUAACUUUAAAAUAGAUUUUUUUUUUUUACAGCUUAUCAUAGCUCUAAAUUGAAGUUCAACUGCCAGGCUCAUUUUUGAAUAGUCUGGUAAUUGUUGAUGAAUAAUUUGUGUGCUGUAAUGCUAAGCUGACACUGUCAAUCUAAUUUAAACGACUAUAUAUUAUCCAUGGUGCUUGGCAUUUAUUUGUACUACUAUGUUUUUCCCCAUUUACCAACUAUUUUCUUUUCUUUCCCACGUGCUUAGUCUAGGUCUAAUUUAUGGAUUUUUUUUUCUUU